CUUACAGCGGACAAAAGACGCAUGCGCCGCGGCGGGUGCCAGUCCGGCUUCCACGGCUGCUGGCGGCGGUGUUGUCUUCAUUUCCGUACGGGUGGCCGCGCGGCCCUGGGAUAGUCGGUAGAGGAUGCAAAAUGCGAGAAUCCCCCACUCAAAUCAAACUCAGGAGCAAGACUGUUUGCAAAGUCAGUAUGUCAGUGAUAAACAAGAAAUGACAAUCAAGCAAGAGAAUGAUGCCAAUGUGGAGGUGGAGGAAAGUCUCCCCUCUUGUUCCUCUGCUAAUGGACCAUCCACUUCUGCCGAGGGGUGUUUAUCGGAAGUUGCGAGGAGAGGGCCGGCCCCGCUGCACAUCGACAGACAUCAGAUACAGACAGUGGAGCCGAGUGCGCAGGCCCUUGAACUGCAGGGGUUGGGUGUGGAUGUGUAUGACCAGGACGUGCUGGAACAGGGUGUGCUUCGGCAGGUGGACAGUGCCAUUCAUGAGGCCAGCCGUGCGGCCCAACUUGCCGACGCGGAGAAGGAGUAUCGGUCAGUCCUGGACGACCUCACGUCAUGUACAACAUCCCUAAGGCAAAUCAAUAAAAUUAUUGAACAACUUAGCCCUCAAGCUGCCACCAACAGAGACAUCAACAGGAAACUAGAUUCUGUAAAACGACAGAAGUAUAAUAAGGAACAACAGCUAAAGAAGAUCACAGCAAAACAAAAACGUCUCCAGGCCAUCCUUGGAGGAGCGGAGGUACAAGUUGAACUAGAUCAUGCCAGUCUGGAGGAGGAGGAUAUAGAACCGGGGCCGUCCUGUCUCGGCAGCAUGCUCAUGCCUGUCCAGGAGACAGCUUGGGAAGAGCUCAUCCGCACUGGCCAGAUGACACCUUUUGGAACCCAGAUCCCUCAGAAACAGGAGAAAAAGCCUAGAAAGCUAAUGCUCAAUGAAGCGUCAGGCUUUGAAAAGUAUUUGGCAGAUCAAGCAAAAUUGUCUUUUGAAAGGAAGAAGCAAGCUUGUAAUAAAAGAGCAGCUAGAAGAACCACGUCCUCGGUCUCUUCUGAACUGAGCGCAACGCUCAAUGAAAACAAACCAAAUGAGCGAAGCAAAGUUCUCUCGAAAACAGAUAAGCGCUUGAAAAAGCACAUCAAGAAGCUCCAGAAGAGGGCUCUUCAUUUCCAGGGGAAGGCGGGCUUGCCAAAAGGAAAGAAGUCUUUGGAGUCUGACGCAAGGGCAAGGGCAGAGGGGAGCUCCGAGGGUGACGAGUCAGAGUACUUGCCCACGGAGGAGGAGCUGGAGGAGGCAGAGGGGGCCGAGCUGCCGGGAGAGGGCCCGGACUAUGAACUGAAGCCUGGGCUCAAGCACCAGAAACAGCAGAAAAAAGUCAUGGUGCAGGAGAUCGAGGAUGACUUUUUUCCGAGUUCUGGGGAAGAAGCAGAAGCCGCCUGUGGAGGAAGAGGUCGAAAAGUAGUGAGAUGCCGAGAUGAUGGAGAUGAAGAUUAUUAUAAGCAGCGGUUAAGGAGAUGGAAUAAGCUGAGGCUGCAGGACAAAGAGAAGUGUCUGAAGCUCGAAGACAAUUCUGAGGAGAGCGAUGCGGAGUUUGAUGAUUUUAAAAUGCCGGGUUUUCUGUUCAAAAAGCUUUUUAAGUACCAGCAGACAGGUGUUAGGUGGCUGUGGGAAUUGCACUGCCAGCAGGCAGGAGGCAUUCUGGGAGACGAAAUGGGAUUGGGCAAGACCAUCCAGAUAAUUGCCUUCUUGGCAGGUCUGAGCUACAGCAAGAUCAGGACUCGUGGUUCAAAUUACAGGUUCAAGGGGUUGGGUCCGACUAUAAUUGUCUGUCCAACGACAGUGAUGCAUCAGUGGGUGAAGGAAUUUCACACGUGGUGGCCUCCGUUCAGAGUGGCAAUUCUACAUGAAACCGGCUCCUAUACUCAAAAAAAGGAGAAACUAAUUCGAGAUAUUGCUCAUUGUCAUGGCAUUUUGAUCACUUCUUACUCCUACAUUCGGCUGAUGCAAGAUGACAUUAGCAGGCAUGACUGGCACUACGUGAUCUUGGAUGAGGGACACAAAAUUCGAAAUCCGAAUGCUGCUGUCACCCUUGCUUGCAAACAGUUCCGCACCCCUCAUCGCAUCAUCUUGUCUGGCUCGCCGAUGCAAAAUAACCUCCGGGAGCUGUGGUCGCUCUUUGACUUCAUCUUCCCAGGGAAGUUGGGCACAUUGCCCGUGUUCAUGGAGCAGUUCUCGGUCCCCAUCACCAUGGGGGGGUAUUCAAAUGCCUCCCCAGUGCAGGUAAAAACUGCUUAUAAAUGUGCGUGUGUCUUACGAGAUACCAUAAAUCCAUACCUGCUGCGGAGAAUGAAGUCAGAUGUCAAAAUGAGCCUUUCUUUGCCAGACAAAAAUGAACAGGUCUUAUUUUGCCGUCUUACAGAGGAGCAGCAUAGAGUCUACCAAAAUUUUAUCGAUUCCAAAGAAGUUUACAGAAUUCUCAAUGGAGAUAUGCAGAUUUUCUCUGGCCUUGUAGCCCUAAGAAAAAUCUGCAACCACCCUGAUCUCUUUUCUGGAGGCCCAAAGAAUCCUAAAGACAUUCCAGACGGUGAACUAGAAGAAGAUCAGUUUGGAUACUGGAAACGUUCUGGGAAAAUGAUAGUAGUUGAGUCCCUGUUGAAAAUAUGGCACAAGCAGGGUCAACGAGUAUUGCUGUUUUCUCAAUCAAGACAAAUGUUGGAUAUACUUGAAGUAUUCCUUAGAGCUCAAAAGUAUUCUUACCUCAAGAUGGAUGGUACCACUGCAAUAGCUUCAAGACAGCCGCUGAUUACAAGAUACAACGAGGACACAUCCAUAUUUGUGUUUCUUCUGACCACUCGGGUGGGUGGCAUAGGAGUCAACCUGACGGGGGCAAACAGAGUCAUCAUCUAUGAUCCUGACUGGAACCCAAGCACAGACACGCAGGCCCGGGAGCGAGCAUGGAGGAUAGGCCAGAAGAAACAAGUGACGGUGUACCGGCUGCUGACUGCGGGCACCAUUGAAGAAAAGAUUUUCCACCGACAAAUUUUCAAGCAGUUUCUGACAAACAGAGUGCUGAAAGAUCCGAAGCAAAGGCGAUUUUUCAAGUCCAACGAUCUUUAUGAGCUGUUCACUCUGACGAGUCCUGACGCAUCCCAGAGCACUGAAACAAGUGCUAUUUUUGCAGGAACUGGCUCAGAAGUUCAGGCUCCCAAACUCCAUUUGAAAAGAAAACUUCCGCCGGCCUGUGGAACAGACCAUAAUGUUCCAAUAUGCAAAAAGUUCCCUGAUUCUAAUGCAGCCACAAACGAGGCCACAUCAUCUGAAGAGAAGUCUGCAGCUACAGAAGCUGAAGUAAAUGCAGUGACUUCUGAUCCAGGCGAUCCUUUGAAAGAUGCCCCCCAAACACCUUGGAGUCUACCUGGCAGUGACGGACCAGGAGAAGAGGCGAGCACGGUGUCUGGACUAGAAGAGUCGUCUGUGAUUAGUGGACGUGGGGAUUGUUCGGAUUCUCUGACAAUCAGCAGAAUGGAUGGGCUCUCUAGUGAGGAAAGCGUCAAUGAAAAGCAAGGUCUUUGCGACAGAAGAGAAAGCUGCCAGGCUCAAACAGAGCCUCUUUGGGAGAAUAAGCAAAUGGAAAGUAAUUUUUCUAAGCACAAGUCAAAAACGAAACAUAGUGCGCCAGAAGAGCCCCUAGAGCAGCAUCGGAGGCCGACGUGGAAGCCGAAGAGCUCCAAGCAUCGCAGAGAUGCCAAGUUUGAAGGCACUCGAAUUCCACACCUUGUGAAGAAAAGGCGGUACCAGAAGCAGGACAGUGAAAACGAGAACGAGGCUGUCGAGCAGAGCAAUGACGAUUAUGUCUUGGAAAAGCUUUUCAAAAAGUCAGUCGGUGUGCACAGUGUCAUGAAACACGAUGCCAUCAUGGAUGGAGCCAAUCCAGAUUAUGUGCUGGUAGAGGCAGAGGCCAACCGGGUCGCCCAGGAUGCCCUGAAAGCCCUGAGGCUCUCUCGUCAGCGGUGUCUGGGAGCAUCGUCUGGUGUUCCCACCUGGACAGGCCACCGGGGGAUUUCUGGUGCACCAGCAGGAGUAAAGAGUAGAUUUGGUCAGAAAAGGAAUUCCAACUUCUCUGUGCAGCAUCCUUCCUCAGCAUCUUCAAAGGAGAAAUGCCAGGACAGUGUCACGAGAAAGGAUGGAAAGGAUAAUGCUUCUGAGCACUUCAGUGGAAAAGUGGAAGAUGCAGAGUCUUCACCGGGGGCCCUGUCUUCGUCUUCACUGUUGGCUAAAAUGAGAGCUAGGAACCACCUGAUUCUGCCAGAGCGGCUGGAAAGUGAAAUUGCGCACCCAGAGGCAUCUGCUCCGCUGUCCUCCACCACGGAACACGAUGACCUGCUGGUGGAAAUGAGAAACUUCGUGGCUUUUCAGGCCCGUGUGGACGGCCAGGCCAGCACUGGCGAGAUACUGCAGGAGUUCGAAUCCAAGUUAUCAGCCUCCCAGUCUUGUGUCUUUCGAGAACUGUUGCGAAAUCUUUGCACUUUUCAUAGAACUUCUAGUGGUGAAGGAAUUUGGAAACUUAAGCCAGAAUACUGCUGAUCAACAUUACUUUUUAAACUAUCAAUUUCCUAAUGGAAAUUUCUGAUUAUUAAUCUUAUGAUUAAUAAUCAUGUUCCUCAACAGAUGUUGGCUGCAUUUGAUGUUUACUUUGAAUGAUAUCUACCUCAUCAUUUAAAACUUCAAGGAAGAAGAAAUUCAUCUGUAAAACUUAAAAGUUUUAAAAAUACUUGGGUUGAUUUUUUUAUUUUGGCACUAUGAAUUAUGUUACAAAAUCAGAGACCUAACUCCUUGGAUCACAUUUGUUCCUUUCCCCAAAAGAUGCUGUCAGGGAGCACGUUACUGCUCAGUUAGGUGUUUGUAGACUAGAAAUCUCAAGAACUGUUUUUUUUUUUUUUUUAAAGAUUUUAUUUAUUUAUUCGACAGAGAUAGAGACAGCCAGAGAGAGAGGGAACACAAGCAGGGGUAGUGGGAGAGGAAGAAGCAGGCUCAUAGCUGAAGAGCCUGAUGUGGGGCUCGAUCCCAGAACGCCGGGAUCACGCCCUGAGCCGAAGGCAGACGCUUAACCGCUGUGCCACCCAGGCGCCCCUCAAGAACUGUUUUUAUUGGUGCUAAAAACAUGUCUUAUAUUCAGUCAGACCUGUUCAAUAAAUUAGUUCACCAGUAUCUGAUAACAUAUUUAUUUUUGGUGCAUAGCUUUUAAACGUUUAAAUUUAUCAUAUGACACCCAUAAAAAAUGAGACUUACUGUCUUUUGAAUAUAUUAAUUGCCUUUAAACAAUCUUCCUUUUAAGGUACUGUAAAUCGGCAGGUGUUUUUGUUAGUAAAGCAUGAAAUAGCUUGGUAAUGAAUGAUGAGACCUGUACUUGCAGAAGGUUGUAGUGUUCUCAGCUUAUAUUGGCUUAACUUUAAGCAGAGGGCAUCUUUUCCCCCCUAUGGGGACUGUUGGUUUUAGGAAAAUAAAAUAUAUUAUCUUAAAAAAAUACGCAAAUCUUAGAACCAAAAGUGAGUACAAAUAAAACAACCAACACACAUACGCAUACGAACAUCACUCCAGACCACAGCCGAUACGCCAUGAUUACCGUGUUGUGACCACCGUUGCGGCCCGCUCUCUCUGCUUAUGUGCUGGGAGGUGACUGAGCAUUUUUUACUUUUAUUUAUUAUUUGCUUUUCUAAGGAGGCGGAUUACUCUGUAUUGGGCAUCAUUGUUCUCCUUAUGUAUUAUCUUCUGUCCAGUUGUUUUCACCUCUCUUUGUCCUUUGCAUUCCCUGUGACUGUCCUGUUCUAGAUAUUCGGUGUUCAGCUGUUUUCUGGCUGUUGUUGAUGUAUUUAUAGUUCUGUGAUGGUGGUGUUUUGAUCCUCAGUUUAUUUUCUUAGCUUUGUUUUUCUUGUUUCCCUCUCUUUGUUGUUUUAUCAUCUCAGCUCUGAAGUCUUGUUUUCUUAAAUUCAUUACAUUGCUUAAAUUUCUUCUAGAGCUGUCAUAGUGCGGUUUGUUUCUUGUUUGUUCUCUGUGGCAUGCUGUUUUUCCUCUCUGCUUCUUCUGGAUCAUGCUUGUCUUCUUCCCAUGCCGUUUCUUUACAUCUCGCUUAUGUUUCAGGUGAGCAGCUCUGUCCAUAUCUGUAUGUUCUUCCCUGUGACCCAGAGAGAAGGGAUUUGGGUUUGGGGGUUGGGAAGAGCCUCUGCUGGGCACCAUGCAGCUCUGGUUGGAGGAUUUGUGUUUUACCCCUCCGUUCGGAGAUUUUGUUAAAUAGCUCGGGCCAAAGAAUCCCUCCCUGUAGGCAGGAAAUGUCAUGGACUCAUGAUUCCCACCAGGAUUUUCUGCUGCUUUUUUUUUUUUUUUUGAAUUCUGGCUUAUUCAUUUUUUAGAGUCAUUUAUAUAUUAGAGGAAGAAGAUUUUCUUAUUUUCUUCAGUCCGCUAUCAUUAUCUAAAAGUCAUAGAAGGGAUUUUUAAACAGCUCAAUAAAUCCUAAACUUGAGGAUUUGGCUCAGAAGGGAGUCAAAACUCAUGACUGUUUUGUUUCUGGGAAGUUCUGUUUUUAUUUUUAUUUUUGUAAUCAUUAGCCUGUAAGAAAAUUGCUUCCCCCUUAUUCUCAGAUUGAAUGCAGUUCAUUAUCUCUUUCUUUCUGAAAUCUGAACUCUACUGAGAGAAGUUUUGUUUGUUUUUUUUUAAAAGAUUUUAUUUAUUUAUUUGAGAGAGAGCAUGAGCAGGGGAGAGGGAGAAGCAGACUCCCCACUGAGCAAGGAGCCCCAUGCAGGGCUCGAUCCCAGGGUCCUGGGACCAUGACCUGAGCCAAAGGCAGGUGCAUAACCGACUGAGCCACCCACGUACCCCAAGAGUGAGAGAAGUUGUAGCCUUCUCAUCACGUAGAAAAUGCCAUCAAAGGUUAUGCUGCAGUAUAAGCAGGGUGGUCCUCACUCUUGUUCUUGUCUCAGCUCUGUCACCGGCAAGCUGGGACCUUGGGCAGGUCGCUGUCCUGCCUAUGUCUCAGUGUGGACAUCUAUAAACAUUGUCAUCAUGCCUCCCAGGUGGAGAGGCUUAAAGGAAGAUAUCUAAGUGUAAUGUUUUUAACAAUAGAGAGUAACUUACUCGUUUAGAUAGAAUCUACUUUUUGGAACUUUAAAAGCUUUGUACAAUGUAGACCGAUUUAACGUAUUUAAUGUGUUAUAUUGGUAUCAAGCAACAAUAAAGGAUUUUAAAAUUUUGUGAAGUUUUAAAACUUCCUUAGUUCAUACAUGAAUAUACUAUCACCGUUUAAAAAAUUGCAGGCAGUUAUUGUCUCCUCACUGUUUUUACUCCUAUUCCAGAGAUGAGGACUAUAGUUAGUGUGUAUUCAUUCUUCUGGGCUGUUUUCCACGGAUUUGCAAAUACAUGUGGCAGAGAUUGCUACUCUCAUGUGCGUUUCCCCCUUCUUCCUGUACUGACGAGUUUUCCCGGACGCCUGGCUGCUCCGCUGAAGACUUGGCUUCCCCGCCUCCCUUAUAGUUAAUUGUGGCCUCAUGACUGGGCAGUUGAAUGCGAGUGGAACUUCCAGACUGGGCCCUUAAAUAAGGGAUUGGUGUAUACUCCUCUUGUUGCCUGAGAUUCCAGGGGGUGGGGGUGACAUGGGAGCUGCAGAAGUUGUGUGUUGAGGCUGGAGAAGCUGGCCUGUCAGCCUUGAACUGCUUUCCUUCUACCUGUUACUUAAGAGCAAAAUAAAUUCCUGACUUGCUUAAA